ACUCACUGAGCCCCAGGCCCAAGGAUAAUGAUGUGUUGUUUCUUGGUAGCAUAAUUUGUCACACGUACAUUUUUUCUUCUUCUUCUCUUGCAGAAAGCUCUGCUCCCUCUCUCUCUCUCUCCCUCUCUCUCCUCUCUCUCUCCCUCUCUCUUUCUCUCUUUUCUCCCUCUCCUACAUUUUCUUGCUGUUGCUAAUUCAUGGUGAUCAAAUGAUGUACGACAAAAUAAAUUGUAAAGAGUGACUGCCUGGAGUUGAGAACCAGAAGGUGUUUUCCCCCUCCCAAGGAGAGAGCAAACCUUUAAAAAGGAAGGACAAUUGAUUUUGGGGGGGGAGCUUAAGUGAGCCUUGACUUUGCAGCUGGUUGAGAGCAGGUUGGAGGAGGGUUUAAAGCCAGGUGCACCGAGGCAGCUCGCCAUGUCCAGAUCCGGGGACAGGACCUCCACCUUCGACCCCAGCCACAGCGACAACCUGCUGCACGGCCUCAACCUGCUGUGGCGGAAGCAGCUGUUUUGCGACGUGACCCUGACGGCCCAGGGCCAGCAGUUCCACUGCCACAAGGCCGUGCUGGCCUCCUGCUCGCAGUACUUCCGAUCGCUCUUCUCCAGCCACCCCCCUCUCGUGGGAGGGGUCGGAGGCCAGGACGGCCUGGGGGCCCCCAAGGACCAGCAGCAGCAGCCACAGCAGCAGCAGCCGUCACAGCAGCAGCAGCAGCCGCCGCCGCAGGAGGAACCCGGGACUCCUUCCUCCUCCCCCGACGACAAGCUGCUGACCAGCCCCCGGGCCAUCAACAACCUGGUGCUGCAGGGCUGUUCGUCCAUCGGGCUGCGCCUGGUGCUCGAGUAUCUCUAUACGGCCAACGUGACCCUCUCCCUGGACACCGUGGAGGAGGUGCUGUCGGUCAGCAAGAUCCUGCACAUCCCCCAGGUCACCAAGCUCUGCGUGCAGUUCCUCAACGACCAGAUCUCGGUGCAGAACUACAAGCAGGUGUGCAAGAUCGCCGCGCUGCACGGCCUGGAGGAGACCAAGAAGCUGGCCAACAAGUACCUGGUGGAGGAUGUGCUGCUGCUCAACUUCGAAGAAAUGCGCGCCCUGCUGGACUCGCUGCCGCCCCCCGUGGAGUCGGAGCUGGCGCUCUUCCAGAUGUCCGUGCUGUGGCUGGAGCACGACCGCGAGACUCGCAUGCAGUACGCGCCCGACCUCAUGAAGCGCCUCCGCUUCGCCCUCAUACCGGCCCCGGAGCUGGUGGAGCGGGUCCAGUCCGUGGAUUUCAUGCGAACCGACCCGGUCUGCCAGAAACUGCUGCUGGACGCCAUGAACUACCACCUGAUGCCCUUCAGGCAGCACUGCAGGCAGAGCCUGGCCAGCAGAAUUCGCUCUAACAAGAAAAUGCUGUUAUUGGUUGGAGGGCUGCCUCCUGGACCGGACCGGCUCCCCAGCAAUUUGGUUCAGUAUUACGACGACGAAAAGAAGACGUGGAAAAUUCUCACCAUUAUGCCAUACAACAGUGCCCACCACUGCGUCGUGGAGGUGGAAAACUUCUUGUUCGUGCUGGGCGGAGAGGACCAAUGGAAUCCGAAUGGAAAACACAGUACAAAUUUUGUCAGCCGAUAUGAUCCCCGAUUUAAUAGCUGGAUUCAACUUCCACCCAUGCAAGAAAGAAGAGCCAGUUUCUAUGCGUGUCGAUUGGACAAGCAUUUAUAUGUUAUUGGUGGAAGGAAUGAAACCGGCUACCUGUCCAGCGUGGAGUGCUAUAACCUGGAAACAAAUGAAUGGCGUUACGUGUCCUCUCUGCCGCAGCCCCUGGCAGCUCACGCGGGAGCCGUACACAACGGGAAGAUAUACAUUUCAGGGGGUGUACACAAUGGAGAAUAUGUCCCAUGGCUGUAUUGCUAUGACCCCGUAAUGGAUGUCUGGGCUCGAAAACAAGAUAUGAACACGAAACGUGCAAUCCACACUUUGGCUGUAAUGAAUGAUCGUUUGUAUGCAAUCGGAGGAAAUCAUUUGAAAGGUUUCUCCCACCUUGAUGUAAUGCUUGUGGAAUGCUAUGACCCAAAAGGUGACCAGUGGAAUAUUCUUCAAACUCCCAUUCUAGAGGGUCGAAGUGGUCCUGGCUGUGCAGUGCUGGAUGACAGCAUCUACUUGGUGGGAGGAUACAGCUGGAGCAUGGGAGCCUACAAAUCAUCUACAAUAUGCUACUGUCCAGAAAAAGGGACCUGGACAGAACUUGAAGGAGAUGUAGCAGAACCCCUGGCAGGCCCAGCCUGUGCCACAGUCAUCCUGCCUGCCUGUGUACCGUACAACAAGUAACACCAAGAAACCAUGGAAUGAACAGUAUCACAGUCUAGGAAGCAAUGGCAGGUGGCCUCACUAUCACAACAGGAGCAAUGCAUUCUGAUGGUACAACCGCCAAAACCCACCCUUGGUUUCUGGAUUUAUAAAAAACUUCAAAAGAAAGAGACCCCUUCUUGAAUAGAUACUGUGUCUGUAGUUCAGAUCACACCAAACUUCCUGUGAUGACAGACUCUUCCAUUUCAGACUGGUUUUAACUUGUCCCAGCUUUAUGAAAACUCCUCAUGUGGAUCUUAACUUGCAAAAGGAGAAAGAUCAAAUACAGAAGACUGGCCCCAGAGAGACCUAAGAUCAGUGUUGUGCAUUGUAGUCUACCUGCAUGUGAUCUAUGUUGACGUUUUGGGGAUGUUGUGUUCAUGAAUGAUUCAAAAUUGGAACCACCAAAAUACACUGCAUUACAGAAAUUGCCACUUGAUUCUGUAGUCCUAGACUUUGGCUACUUUACAGACUCUAUAGGCAACACAGUUAUGGAAAAUCAUAUAAGAUUAAGGAAGGGCAUUUUCAUUUCUAUACAACUUCAUGUUAUAUACCUUCUGCUCUACCAGCACCUCAUGGGAUCAGAGAAGAGAAAAGACGUUGGCUCUUAUAGCAAGUGCUUUCUGUCCUAUGGGUUCUAGGCUAGGUAGAGUCAUCAUUCCUGUGUCCUCAAUUUUAUCUGAAGAUUAAAACAAAGUACCCUAUGUCGCUGUUCAGUUAACAGAGGUUUGUGCUUUCUCAUUUUGUAGUAAGUAGUGAACACACAUGUUGUUUGCUUCAAAAGACAAUACUGAAAAUCUCAGUCAUAAAACAUUUUAGAGAUUCUAUAAGAUGACACUUGUGACCCAAACUUAAUUCAUAACAAAAUGAGUGAUUGCUUUUAAGAAUUCAGGGAUGAAAAGAAAGAAUAGUUUCUCCUAAGUACAAUCCCAGUUUUCCCUCUGUUUCUGAAACACAGAACUUACAAGUGCCACAGGAGCCAAUGAUAGCGAAAUAUUUCUCCCCUUCCUCAGUUGAGUUACCCUCGUUCUUCCCCCACCUUGCCAUAUUUUGUUUAUUAUCACCGGAGAUGCCUGAAUUCAGUUAAGUGAGCAAUUGCUAGUUGUCAUUAGAAGCAUGAGUAAUUUAGGAGCAGAAGGUCAGGAGAGCAUGAGAUAGUCUCGGUGUGGCCAACCAAAAGAGAAAAACUGGCAGGAACCCCAAUUUCAUUUUCAGGUUCUUUAGAGCUUGAACAACUGUUAGAAGUUUUUUUAAAAGUCUGUAAUAUUCUUUCAAUCACUCAGCAAUGUUGCCGAAUCCCUUGACAAAGUGUGUCCUUCAAAACAAAAAUAAGGGAAAGCCACAGAUUAAAAAUGCCUUGGUGAUAAGAGUUCAUUGUGGAGAAUAUCAAGAUAGAUGGGUGUACUGGAAUCCAAUGCCGUUUCUACAGUAAAGUGCAAUCUUCAUUGUUUUGUAUUUAUUUGUAUGUUCAGAUCCAAAGGAUCCGUUGUAAAAAUAUAUAUAUAUAAAUAUAUAUAACCAGUGCAAUCAACUUUCAUUUCUUUUUCCUUGAAAACAUAUGACUAUAUAGAAAGUAAUAAAAGGUAAAGUGCUGUGUGGGAGAAUCCCAGCUGACGUCACAAAGAGAACAAGCUCUGCUUCAGAACCAUUUGUUGUCAACUGUCACUCUUUCUUAUAAAAAUCACAAUUUAUACGAGAACAUUUGCUUUCCUAACUUAGAGUUGUUCUUCAUUUUAUUUUUUAUUUCUAGCCAAAACAAAUAAAAGCAUCUAUGAGAACUAUAAGUAAAGCUUUCUGUAUUUCAGAAAGACAGAAACUACUAGAAAGUGAAAAGUGAAUAAAUAUGUCACAGAGAAUGUAAAUUUUGUACAAUAUUAGAAUGUAUAAAUGAAGCUUGCUUGGAAGGGGAAAACUUUAAAUAAAAACUUUAUGUAGUAAUU